AACAGAAACAUUUUUGGCGCUCAUUUGUAAAUACCUUGAGAAUCCGUGGCACAUCCUUGGACAGUUUUGUAAACAACUACAAGUAACUUAGAACCACGUCUGAUGAAGCAUCACAACAGAAGGGACAAGUCUAUAAACAGGAAUGAUACCAAGUAUCUUCACAGGACUGGCGAGACAAUUAAAUAAGACGAUGAAAGCAAAAGUGCCUAAACUUCACCCUACCCAGUGAGAUCCUUAAAAAUGAGCAAACGAUAUCCAAGAGUAUCAGCUGUUUAAAUGAGGCAAAUUUUUCUUUGCGGCUUCAGAGUGGUUCAAAAGGUAGCCAAAACCAACAGUCUUUGAAAGCUUUCUAAAAAGUAACAAAAAUCUUUCCAAACCUAGUAUCUUAAAAGUCACAGUUUUACUCGCUCCCAUCCUCUGCCUUUACCUAUGUCAGUCACCUAGCCCGGCCCGCUACCACGUUAGGAAAGUUCAUCUAUCGGGGCCCUUUCCUGGGCGUUCCCGGCCCAGCACUGCCCCGAGCUUUCAGGGCUCGGAGUCCACAAAGGAGCGGCCUAGGUCGGCGUACGAACCCCAAAGAUUCUCCUCCGAAACUGCACGCGGAUCGGGGUGGCCAGUGUUCAAACUCAAUACCUGGGCGACCAGGCCAGGAAGAGAAUGAAGGGCAAACAGGCGCGAGCCAAGCUCUCGUCUAGCAGCGCGCCGAAUCUUGUCGAGCUCGUAAGGGUCACGCAGGGUCACGCACUGCGCUGCAGAGCCUGCCGGGAGCUCGGUGCGCAAUGGCGACGCCCUCUCUGCGGGGUCGCUUGGCGCGGCUUGGAAACCCACGGAAACCUAUACUGAAGCCAAACAAACCCCUUAUCUUAGCUAACCGUGUCGGGGAACGACGCCGGGAGAAAGGCGAGGCAACCUGUAUCACUGAGAUGUCGGUGAUGAUGGCUUGCUGGAAGCAGAAUGAAUUCCGCGACGAGGCAUGCAGAAAAGAGAUCCAGGACUUUUUCGAUUGUGCUUCGAGGGCUGAGGUGACGAAAGACUCCUCGGGUGCCCUCAUGGGAGGAGAAUGGGAACGAAGGGAUACACGCAGCCCGAAAGAUGAGAUCAAUCCAGGAGAACCUGGGAGAGUCUGGGCGUUUGCCCCCCAAGAAAUUGAAUAAAUUAUUACAGAGGUUUCCUAACAAACCUCAUGUCAGCUGAAGAUGGAGAAGCAUUUUCAGUGACUG